AGAAACCUUGGGUCUCCAAUCUGCUCCGUUGGAACCUCUGCCUCCACCAAUUAAGGGCGCCAAGGUUCUGAGAACUCCUAGGUCCGCGUACACUCCCUUCCUGUUCCAGACCCUCUUGAUAAGCUGGCAGAGGAGGAAUGGGCUCAGCCUCUGCACGCCAGAUUGGUUCCAGCCCUGGCUAAUAAACAUUAUUCUUUGGCCACUGACUUUAUGAAUCGUUUGAAGAUUCUGCCAACAGACAAGCCAGUUUCAGGUUUGAUGACCAAGUCUUUUAUUCCCAAAGAAGGGGACUCCUAGUUUAAGGACUUGUCUGAAUGAAGAAUGGAUUUUGCUCUUCAUAAGAGCCAUGAUGCAAUGGCCUAUUCUAUCAGGGCUGUUUGCACAGCGUCUAUAUUCACCAGAGCAUCCAUGAUGUGGUUGGAUGAUCUCCUGGAUGACCCCAAUCCAGAUCCUGCCAAGAUCAGAAAGGCUGUUGUGAAGUUCCACAAGUCAGCGGCUUUUGUGGCUGAUGCCACUCUGGAUGUGACACAAUUUGCGGCUUGUGCUAUGUGGGUACGUGUGGUAGCACGGAGGACUCUUUGGCUUCGUCAUUGGGAUCCUGAUACUAUGGCCCAAACCAAUCUCUCUAUGGCACCCUAUACGUGCACUAUGUUAUUUGGAGAAGAGGCUCUUAAAUCCAUCUUGGUGGAUCCUAAGGACAAGCAGAAGCCAGUCCGAGCCACGAAUAAUAAAGGGCCAAAGGUCAUAUAGAAGGUUUGCCCCACACCGCUCCUUUCAGCCAUUUUGAGGAACGCAAACUGGGGGAAGGGGCUGUGACUUUUGCACCCCCAAAGGCUCUUGGUCCAAGCAGCAAUUCCACGGGCACAAUUAAUACCAGGGCAGGUCUGGGCCCUCUUCCUCCCCUACGGGAAGGGGAGGCCAUCAACAGAGACAUUACUGACGCCAUCUCUGAUGGAGGCAGAUUACUUCAUUUUGCGGAACAUUGGCAGCGCAUAACGAUGGACUCCUGGGUAAGAGACCUCAUUUUUUACGGCUACCAAAUAGGAUACUGCAUAAUUCUGCCAAGCAGAUUUUUAUCCUACCCUCCGGUCCUCUCCCCAGGGAGACAGUUGGUGAUGGAGGAAACCAUACAGCAUCUUCAGGACAUAGCGACCAUAGAACCAGUACUGCUGAAUGAACACUAUGUAGGGGCCUACUCAGUUCUGUUUGCGGUCCCCAAGAAAGAUCUUUCAUGCAGAGCUGUUCUAGACCUGAAGUUUCUGAACAAGUUUGUGAGUUAUCUUAGCCUCAAGAUGGAGUCCCUAGCCUCGAUCAUAGAGGCAGUACAGGAGGAGGACUUCUUGGCGUCCAUUGCCUUGAAGGAGGCGUAUCUGCAUGUUCCAAUCUGCCCUGCCUACAGAUGCUUCCUGAGGUUUGUGUUUGGCCACCACAAUUUCCAAUAUUGGGCCCUGCCGUUUGGCUUCUCAUCUGCUCCGAGAAUGUUCACAAAGGUGAUGGUCACCCUGAUUGCCCAUCUCCACCUCCAGGUUGUCCACAUUUAUCUAUAUCUGAACAACCUACUAGUCCGGGUAGAAUCCAAGGAUCAGGCUUCAAUUCAUGUUCGUCAUAUGCUUGCAGCCCUGAGGAACCACGGGUUCCUAGUCAAUCUUGAGAAAAGUCAUCUAUCUCCUACUUAAUGACUUCAGCACUUGGGAGCCUUUCUGGACACAGCUCAAGCCAUGGUCCUUCUAUCGCCAGAGUGUAUCUCAGUGAUCAGAGACAAGGCACAGCUCCUGAUGCACCACUCAACAGCAGAUGUGAUGUUUCUGGCAAAAGCCCUGGACAUACACGUAUCAACCAUCCAUAUCAUCCCUUGGGCUCGGCACCACACUCAUCCACUCCAGUGGGCCUUACUGCUGUUUCAGUGGGACAUUGCCAACUCCACACACCAGGUGAUUCAUAUUUUCUCCUCACUGCGGUCUUCCUUCCGAUGGUUGUCGUCAACUCAGAAUCUUCAGAAGGGGGCCCCUUUCCAAGAGCCGCACAGGACUGUUCUUACAGCAGACAUCAGUCUGAUCGGCUGGGGGCCCACUGCGACUCCCUUUUCACACAAGGCACUUGGUCCUUGGCAAAGAAGGGAAACAGCAUAAACUGGUUGGAGCUGAGGGCAGUCCAUCUGGCCCUUUGUCAUUUUCAGACUAUGUUUCCUUUGACUCAUGUCCUCAUCUAUACAGACAACACAUGCAUAAAAUCGCACUUGAACUGCAAGGGGCACCAGGUCUCGAACUCUUCAGGUGAAGACCACUUUGAUAUUCAUUUGGGCCGAGAAACGCCUGCUGUCCUUGAGGGCAGAACAUCUCAGCGGGGUUUUAAAUGUCACUGCAGACUGGCUAAGCUGACAGCAAGUGAUUCCGGGGGAAUGGAGCUUACAUCCAGCAGUGCUUCGUCUCCUCCAGCAUCCCUUCAGAGCUUUGACUGUGGAUCUGUUUGCCUUGAGCAACAACUUGCAGCUUCCCCGGUUCUUCUCAAGACACUAGAUGGCGCUAUAACCCACAUGAUGGCAUGUUACCUGGGAAAACCACCUUUCUGGUGAGACCAAUGGUCUGAUCUCUGUUGGCAGAGCAUUCCAGAGAACUGGGCCAAUGACACUGAAGCCUUGAUUUCGUGUUCGUUACAUAUUGCCUAGAACCGGUAAGACUUUCUUCUGCCAGCUUGAGUACAUUUCAUUCAGACUUACUCAAGCAAAACUUGUGUCAAGGGGUCUGAGCUACGUGCAGCUUAACCAUGUACCCUGACAAU